GCACACCCGCUCUUUCCUCGCAUACAGUGGACGCAGAGAAAAAGCAGGCUCUCGAGCGAAAUGGCUCGACGUUCCCUACCUUCGGAGGUUGGAUAAUGGUGUCUUGCCUCUUUAAAUCUUGAAAAAUCUAUCAAUCGCUUGCUUCCAUUGCCGGUUUUUAGGUCGCCACUUCGAUUGAGAGGAGUUUUUUCGUUCAGGAGACGCGUCGUCGGUGCGAAAUCGGGCUCAUGGUUUUGCCUUCUAGGAUUUAGGGACUCGUUAGGGUUUGGAGUAGCUCCGGAGGUUUGAUCGGUAUUAGGUUCGUCUAGUCGGAGCGGAACGCCACGGAUUUCGCUUCCGUGCUGUGAGUUGUCUGCACUUGAAACCGAUGCGUGAAGGCGGCUAUCACGUCAGGACUCGGACUCCACCUCGCCGGAGAAGUAGCGGCCGCGAACUCUCACCGCCUAGGCACCGACGGCGAAUCUCGCCGCCACCGCCCAGCCGUCACAGACGUUCGCCGGUGCCUCGCGGCCGCGAAUUUUCUCCGGUGCGGAGCCGUGAGGAAUAUUCUCUGUUCCAUCAGCCUCCUUGCAGUGAUUCUGAGGAACAAAGGAAAUCACAUUUGACAUAUGGUACAAGUUCUAGGGAUUUCGCUUCGGCGCAUGCUCAGAGAGACAGGUCGAAGGAGCGGUUGAACAGAGUCGGUGAGUUAUCUCCGCCUUUUCGUGGCCACCUAGAUUAUUCACCGCCUCGCUGCCAUGAUGUCGCAGAGCACAUGCAGUCACAGACACAUUCUCAGUUUGCAUCAGGUUCUGCAGAUUUCCGUCCGGCUUAUGAUGAUAUGAGGUGGACGGAUGCAGUCUUGCCUGAAGAAAGACGUGCGAUUUUGCGUGAAGGAGGAUCAUACAAGGUUAAUGCAUUAGGAAGCGGAGAUAGGGGUGAGGAUCUGCCGACAACUAUGCCGUUGGAUAAGGGUUUGUCUUAUGGAGAUUCCACUUUGACAAAGUUCCGGUGGAAUCAUUUAUUGGAAGAGAAGCAAGGAAGCGUCAGUAUGAGUAGGGACACGGUUAUUCCACACAUUAGGAGCACAGGUGCUGAUUACCUUAACAAUGCUUUUGGAACUGAGAGUCAAAGAUUUCGCCGGAGCAAGGAGGUUUCGGACAAGGCGAUUGUUCCAAAACCUGCUUUCCUUGGUGAUGAUGUAAAGGCUAGGAAUUUUCCUGGUUAUCUUGGUUCAAGUGUGAGACUUAGUGAUAGAUACCAGUACACUGAUGGUAACUACGCAGCGCCAUUGGCUAACUUGGGUUGGAAUGACCCGAUAUCCAAUGCUAAGCUUCUGGGAAUAGAGUCAUCUAGGGUAGGUGAGAUAGGCAAGUCCAGCCUGAACGGUGAUUCAGCUAAUGCAAUAUCAAAUACUUGGACAAGAACAUAUUCUCCUUUGCCUGUACAUGUUCCAGACAACGGUACUCUACCUUCUUCUUAUAAGAGUUGGAUGAAAACAUAUUCUCCUUUGCCUGUGCGUGUCCCAGAUGACGACGCUCUACCUUCUUCCCGUGAAAAUGGCCAUCUAUUGCCUUCAGAAGGAUUUAGCUGGAGUCAUGGAACUGGUAAACGUGACGCAUUUGCUGAAGUGCCUCCUCUCCAACCAUCUACAGGGUCUGAAUUUCCUUUGAGGGACUUAUUACACUAUAACAAGAUUCUUCAUCUGCGGGGGGACGACACAUUUGGAGUUAACAAUAACUUUGAAGGUCAAAGGAAGGAGAGGAGUGAUGUAGACAAUUUACCUGAUAGACUGUUUUAUGAAGAGAGGGAUAAUAUUAGAGAAACAUAUGGCCUGCAUGAUUCAUCCAAAGCUAGUCUUAUGCGUCUUGUUGAGGAUAAGCAAGGUGGCUAUGAAAUACCUCAGGAGGAUUGUUUAACAGAAAGCUGGAAGUUGGACCGUCCAGAUUAUCCAACUGAAGCUUCACAUACGAGAGGGCGAGAUGAAUGCUUUGGUCUUGGAAGAAGUCAUGGUCAAUAUAGAAAAGAGACAUACUUAGAUAGCAAAAGCCUGCAAUUGGGAGGAGAGGAUGCUUUUGGAAACAGUGAUGAUCUUUGGGUGUAUAGAGAUGGUGUGAAGAACAUGCAGUUGCCAGAGCUUAAUAAUGGGUCGCACGAGAGAGAUUGGAACCCACAACAUAGGCUUUCAGUUGAAGAGAUGGGUGCUAUAGGCCAGUCUGAAAGAUCUCUUAAAAGGAAGAAUAGUAUGGAUUUCGAAAUAAGGGGUCAUUACUUUGAAAGUGAUUUUUACCGGAAUCAGAAUGCCAGCCACAAGAUCUGGGACCCCCAUCAUGGCAAUGAAGACUGGAGUGAUGAAGAUAGUCAUUUAUACGAUGACUUUCAACCGGGGACGAUCAGAAGGACAUUUAAGGCAGAUGCUUGUGAGAGAAAUGGUGUUUAUGACGACGACUUGUCUUGUGAACACCUCCCAGUACGUCUGCAAGGAAGAUUGAGGAAGCCUAUAAAGUCAAGAUCUAGAGAUAUACAUAAGAGGUUGGGGCCACCUCAAAAAACUUGGUCAUCUGUUCCUUGGGCGAAAAGACAUUUCCAUAGGAGAAAUCCUAAUGAUCAUGAUGUUGUUGAAGGUGGUGAUUCUAUUGAAACACAAGUCGACUUAUCGGAGGAUGAGGCGGCGUAUGCCAAGGCAGAGCUGCCCGAGAACUCUAAAGAGUUUAAGCAGCUUGUGAAGGACGCCUUUCUGAAGUAUUUCAAGUUUCUAAAUGAAACUUCAACCCAACGUAGAAAGUACACUGGCCAGAGAGGAUCUGGCCAACUAAAAUGUGGUGUUUGUGGCAGCAACUCAAAGGAGUUUGGCAGUGCGCUAGCUUUGGUCAUGCACACGGUCAUGUCUAAAAAUGUUGGUUGUCGAGUGGAGCACUUGGGAUUUCACAAAGCACUGUGUGUGCUGCUGGGAUGGGAUAGUGCACCAGCAACUAAUGGUCCCUGGGCCUGCAAACUGCUUCCUCCCUCUCAAGCCUCUUCCUUGCGAGAGGACCUCAUCAUAUGGCCUCCAGUAGUUGUCAUUCACAACAGUUCCAUAGGAAAUGCUUCUUCGGGAGAUAGGGUGAUCAUCAGCAUCGAAGAUCUGCAGGCUGUUCUGCCAGAGAUGGGAUUUGCUGUUGGGGUAAAGAAAGUCUCUCGGGGAAAGCCUGCAAAUCAGAGUAUCAUGGUGGUAUGUUACCAACCCACCUUGUCAGGUCUGCUGGAAGCUGAAAGGCUUCACCAGUAUUUUGCCGAGAAUGAGCAUGGGAGGGCUGAGUUGGAGCAAAGGAGUUGUGCUAGCAGCAGGGGAAGUGGCCGAAGAAUAGGAUCGAGUCUAGCAGAUAAAGUGGCGAGCGUUCUAUAUGGCUACUUUGGAAUUGCAGAGGACCUUGAUAAGCUGGAUUUCGAGACCAAGAAGAGGAGUGUCGUUCGGAGCAAGAAGGAAAUGCAGCAUUUCGUUGAUGCUGCACUCGAAAAUCAAUGAUCGCAACUUGUGGCUUUGUAAAUUUUCUCAUCCUUUUGGUGCCUUGGUCACGUGCGUCUGAUUGUAUUUAUACCUGUCUGCAAGUGGAUAUCAUCCUUCUAUAAUCCAGCUAUAGGAUCAUCACAAGAAUAUGACCAAACUCCUUGGAAUGGAAAGAAGUCUCUCUCU